AAUAAUUUUAUAUGUCAAGUUACUAUAAUCAAAUGUCAUCUAAUCGAUAACUAAACAUAAUAUAAAAACAGAUCAAAGUAAAUAAGCUAACAAAUAUAUUCUGUUUAUCACUAGAAUGUUAUAUUUUCUUUGACUCAAAGCAUACUUAUAAUAUAAUUAACUAUGAAUAUCUUACCAAAAAAAAGAUGGCAUGUUAGAACAAAAGAGAAUAUUGCAAGAGUAAGAAGAGAUGAAGCAGAAGCUGCUGAAAAGGAUAGACAAGAAAGACUAAGAAUAGAAAAUGCAGACCGUGAAGCUAGACUUAAUGUUCUUAAACAAAAAAGCAAACAAAAAUUACUUGAAUGUGGAAUUGUGGAUAAUCAAUCAUCAAUAUCAAAUCUUAAACAUAUAAAUUUGUUUGAAGAUUUAGAUCAUGCUGUCAGAACUACAAACAAAGAGCAUGAUAAAGAGACUAAAGAAAAGAAGGAAGAAUAUGAGAAGAAAAUUGGAUAUCUGACAUACUUGGGACAGGAUACAAAUGAAGCUCUUAAAAAGAAAAAUUGGUAUGAAGUUUUACCAGAAUCAAGAUUUUUAAAUACUACUGAAAUUAAAGAUACAUAUGAAAAAUUAGUACUUCGAGAUGACGAUGGGAAACCAAAAGUUAAAGAUAUAGAUAUAAAAAAUGGUGAAAUUAAUUGGAAAUCUAAACAAUCACUUGAUCCUGUUAAUAAAUUCAAAAAAUAUUGUAAUAAUAAAGUAGAAACUAAGUCUAAUUCUAUAACUAAAUCUGUUGAUGAUUAUUCCAGAGUAAUUUCAGUCCACAAACAUAAAAAAAGAGACAAAGAAACAAAAAAAUUAGAAAAGUUAAAAAACUUACAAAAAUUACGUGAAGCUCGCAUUAAACGUGAGCAGGAAGAGAAACGCAAAACUGAUAUGUUCCUUUGUGGCUUCAAUAAGUCGCCUGUUAAACCUGAUGAUCAGAAUGUCAGCAAAAUAAAAGCAAAGUAUAAUUCACAAUUUAAUCCAGAAUUAGCAAGGCAAAACUACAUGUAAAUAGUAUUUUAUUUAAAUAGUUAGAAAGUUGAUACUUAACAAUAUAUUUUUUAAGUUCAAUAAGAGUGUAUGGUAAUGGCAAUAGACAUUUAAUCAACCUACCUAAUGGUUUCACUUAUACACCAAGGCAUUGUUUAUUUAAUAAGGUUCACCUACAACUUCCACAUUUUACAUGUUACUUAAUCAAUAACCCAAAAAGAAUUUUGCCUAAUGUAAAAGUCUUUUACAGGCAAACACCACAUGCACUAUUAUAUUUAUUAAUUAUUACCAAUGACAAUAUAUAUGUCUAUAAUAAAAAUAUAUUGUAAAUAGACAAUGGUUGUAGCUGUAUCCCACGGCUUUGCCUGUGGUCCUAUUAUUUUAAAUAUCCUAUAAUCCUCUUGAAGAAAAGAGCUAUUAAAUGCAAAAAAAUCAAUCCUACUUGUGGUUCCAAAAAUUAUUGUAUUCAAAUAAUAAACUUUUUGUAAGAGUAAUAAAAAAAAAUUUUUAUACU